AUUUCUAUUUCAACGGCAGUUGCAUUCGCUCUUUCGGAGAGUACACUUCACGCGUUUUACGGUUAUAAUAAUGUAAAAUUAAUUAAUAAAUUAUAAGGAAAAACAAUGUUGCGUAUUAAACAAAUUUCAAUUACAUUUUUAUUCGUAAUCAUCGGCACAACAACAGCACAAACAACAGAAGAGCCACUAUUUCCAAAAUGUCUAGGCGAUAUUUGUUUUUGUAGCCCCGGUACGCAUGAGGCGGUCUACAAUGGUCGGAAAUAUUGCGCUCCAGACAAUGCAGAUAAUUGUCCUGAGCACGCUGUACGGUUGUCAGCGCAAGUUUGUGAAUGCAAAAAAGGCUAUCGUUUUCGCGACGAGGACCGAAACGAAUGUGUGUCAGAGCGUAUAGGGGGAGAACCCGUCCCCCCACCAGAGUAUGACGUAGACGAUGAAGUCAUUGAAAAUGAAAUACCCACAACAAAGGUUGAGAUGUCAACUACAACAACAACACCGUCGACUACAACGAAAACUACAGAGUCGACAACAACAACACCCUUACCAACAAAGAUUACAACAACACCCGCUACUGCAAUUACAACAAUCACAAAUUCAAGCACAAAUUCACACACUACAAGUUUGGAGGAGUCAGAAACCAGAAGUAACACACUGUACAUAUAUAUUGGUGUUGGAGUAAUGGCAAUAGCUGCGCUUUUGUUAAUCAUUAUUUUUUAUAUUCUACGAAAACAGUAGUGGUAAUAAGUAUGUGUACUACUAUACAGUUACUAUGUGAAUUUAAGUCCAUAAAAUAUAUUAGCAGAAUAUCAUAUAAGUACAGGUGCAUUUAUUAUAUGUAUACAAUUUUUAUAUAUUUUACUUUUAUAUAAAGUAUACUUUUAUGCGUGUAUGUAUAUAAAAAUGUCUGAUAUGAAAAUUAAUAUUAAAUAAAUUAGAGUAAACAUAAAUAAAA